AUGCGCACACCCACACCCACGCAGGUGCACGGCCACGGCGGGACCCCCCCCACGGUGCGCACCGCGGGGCGCCCACGGAGCGGGGGGGGACACACAGCCCGGGACACCCCGGGAACUCCUAGGAGCGCUGGCGGCCGCCUCCCCCGGAGGGGACGAGUGCCUGGAGGAGGACGAGGACGAGCUGGAGCCGGGGCUGGAGGAGGCGGAGGCCGAGGCGGAGGGGGGGAGCGGGGCGAAGGCGGCGGGGGGCACCCGGGGGGCGUGCUCACCCGCCGCGGCAUCACCCUGCGCGUCCUGCUCCGCGACGGGCUCCUCGAGCCGGCCCGGGGGGUCCUCUCCAUCUACUACCUGGAGGAGGAGAUGCCCGAGGAGGAAGAGGAGGAGGCGAUGAAGGAGGGUCGGGCGCCCGUGCCGGCGCCGGCGGCUGCCAAAAAACCGGAGGAGAGGAGCAAGAAGCAGCAGUGCAAGAGCCUGGUGGAGCCAACGGGGACGGAUCAUGGCCCCCCAGGGAAAAGGCCGGAGAGCAAACCCCGGGUGCCCGUGCGCUACUGCACCCUGGGCACCCGCGACUCCGCCAGGAACCCCCAGACCCUGGUGGAGGUGACGUCCUUCGCCGCCAUCAACAAGUUCCAGCCCUUCAACGUGGCCAUCUCCAGCAACGUCCUCCUGCUCCUGGAUUUCCACAGCCACCUGACGCGGAGCGAGGUGGUGGGCUACCUGGGUGGGCGGUGGGACACCAACACGCAGCUGCUGACGGUGCUGAGAGCCUUCCCCUGCCGGACCCGCCUGGGAGAUGCUGAAGCCGCCGGUGCCGUGGAGGAGGAGAUCUGCCAGAGCCUGUUCCUGCGGGGGCUGUCGCUGGUGGGCUGGUACCACAGCCACCCCUUCGGCCCCGCGCUGCCCUCCCUGCACGACAUCGACGCCCAGAUGGAUUAUCAACUCAAGCUCCAGGGCAGCGGCAACGGCUUCCAGCCCUGCCUGGCCCUCAUCUGCGGACCCUACUAUCACGGCAACCCUGGCGUGGAGUCCAAAAUCGCGCCUUUCUGGGUGAUGCCACCACCGGAGCAACGGCCCAAUGACUACGGCAUCCCCAUGGACGUGGAGGUGGCCUACAUCCAGGAUGGCUUCCUCACCAACGAUGUUCUGCAGGAGAUGACGCUGCUGGUGGAGUUUUACAAGGGGGCCCCAGACCUGGUGAAGUUUCAGGAGCUGUGGAGUCAGGAUCAGACCUACCUGGACAAACUGAAGGGCUCCCUGGCCUCCCGCACCCCCAAAGACCAGAGCUUCACCCACAUCCUGGAGCAGAUCUACAGCCUCCUCAAGCUCAGCGGCUGAGGGGCCGGGACCCCCCUCCUCGACUCUGACCAGGUGCCUUCCCAGCAGCUGGGGGGCUGAGCUUGGCAGCCCCCCCCCAUCCAGUCCGAGGGGCUCAUCCAGACCCCGUGUGGGGCAGCGCCGUGGGGACACCACAUCGCUCCUGGGGGCUCGCCCGAGGGGUCCCGGGACCCCCCACCCCUGCCCUGGGGGGGUGAUGGUGGUGGGACUCUGGGCUGUAAGUUGUUUGUGGAAGUGGUAGUUGAUUAAAGAGCAGUUCCUGAGA